AUGAAGUCACUUAUCAGCAUGCUCGACGGCCUCCAAAUUGGAGUUCAGGGCCUGACCAAGGACUUGAAGUCGCGGGACAUGGAUGAGUUUACUGAUCUUGUCAACCAGCUCAUGAAAGACAUGAACAAAGUCGCGUCUACAUUUCAGGAACCGACUUCUGAGGAACCCAACGACGCAAACCUUCUUACGGACCAUCAAAAGCUUCUUGAGCUCACGGGAUUUGACGCCAAGCUUGCAUUCUCGGAAAUGGACCGCGAUGAGGCCUUCAAAUACCCCUGGAUGACAACCAGCAAAUGCGAGGAGCGCUUCAAGACGCUGGAACUCUCUAUUCAGUACUUCGCCGACCACGUCAUUGACGCUGGACCUAGCACGCACGCCUGCAUCGCACCAUUCACAAAGCUCGUUGUAAUGUUCAAGGGCAUUGUGAUGGAGUAUCUAAAGCUUCGCCAUCGUCGUAUUGUCAUGCAACUUGAUCCCGCUGUCAAACUCAAGGCGGAUGAUCUAGAUUCACAGAACCUAGGCAAUCCAGGUACACAGAACCUGGACAAGGAAGAGGUGCUGAGCUAUGUAUGCCGUCCGUUCUCGAUGCAGUUCAUUGCCGAUUGCCUUUACCGAUACUACCAAAAGACACUCCAGCGCGAGGCUAUUUCCGUCAAGCUCACUUGGGAGGGUAACAAAGGGGAGUGGGCCGCAAAGCGAGAGGAAUGGGCUGAUGCGCUGGUUCCGGAAUGGGAGAGCGGUGCUAUUCAGGUCAUCAUGAUUGAACCCAAGAAGCUACUCAACUCCCAUCUAAAUGCGAACCAGCUGUACGACGAGGAGCGUGACCUUCCUCCCCAUCCUCUUCUCCAGUGGUGCAAGCUUGAUUUGAUGGAUCGUGAAGCGGGUGUCUUGCAUUGGAGUCUUGGAGGCGUUGUUGCUUGGAGAUUCUAUGGGGAGGAUGAGUGGAUGGAUCGCUUUGGGCAUGUCAUUGAUGAAUGCGAGUAUAGAUGA